CGACAACCAGCUAUUGGAAGAUACAAAGUUCAGACCAGCGACUGCGGAAUGGAACUACAACUUUGUCAAGUUGCAUUUAUACUGACGACGCUUUUUGGCGAAUUUGACGCGAGAGCUAUUCUCUCGAGACAUUCUGAGAUAACGAGACCUGACCAAUCUUUGGUAAGUGUUAGACCUCGUGUCUAUACGGUAUAUUGAAGAGAGCUAGGAAGCGUGCAAUUAUCUUAAGCUGCAUGUGGAAUACCCUGUUUAAUACAUGUACUCCGUCAAGCCCAGGCGUUCAGUUCAUGCUUCAAAGAGCCUGAUACUUAGCGCCUCAAUAUUGAGCUAUUAUGGCAGUGGUGUGAGCGUAUGUAUGUAUCUCUGUGGCUUUGUGGCUUUGUGUGUUCGGAUUUUUGUUGCAGGAGCCAAUAAGGUUGAAGGUACUAUGAGUUGAUGCAAGGAACCAAUGAGAUUUUGGCAUCUAAACAUGACAUUGCUUAAGGUCAAACAAGGGCACUUUGAGACCUCCAUCUUGAUUCUUCAUAAUUUUUUCGCCUUUUAUUAUGGCUAAGGGUGUUUAGAAGCAUAACACUGAAAUAUCUUCAGGAUUCAAACGCUUUGCACAGCGAUGCAGCCGUUUAAAAGUUCAUAUUUUAGUGUGGGUGCUGCCUCAAGACAUUUCUGACCUAAUUCGGCUAUCGCGAAGGGUAAGAUCGCACGUAUUUCACAAUUUAUAAGUUAUGUUUCACCUGCUUCAAGGUAGAGUAUGAAAGUUCAAAUAUUUUUCAAAGUAAAAUUAAAUUAGGGAGUAUCCGGCCUAUAAAUUUUGUUUUUAAGAAAUUUAAAAGGCAGCUUAUGUUUUUUCGAAAGCUGUACCGAGUAAGUUAAUCCAGUAAACAAUCUUUAUUCUCUCGCUUACAAAGUUCAACAGACCUUUUUCGUUCCGGCAAAAAAACGUGAUACAUGCUUGCUGCUUAAGAGUCAUUAUAGUUAUUGAAAUGUAUUUUACAUUUAGUAAAGAUGCGUAGAAAGUAGAAACAGUAGCAUUAGGGAAUAAAAUGGGAAGGAGCUAGUUGACAAAAUAAUUAGACAUUGUUUUAUUGAGUGGAAUAACAUGAUAUGAGUAGAAAUAUAUUUCGGCAGUUUGAUAAUUUUCUUGGAAGGAAAUAAAUGUUAGGCUGUCCUUAACGUUGUCGGAAGCAUACCGUAAAAUUCUGAAAAUAAGCCCCGGGGCUUAUAUUUUUCAAAGACCCUUUUUGAGGGCUUAUUUUUGGAGGGGCCUAUAUUCGGAGGGGCUUAUCUACGGAGGGAAAUUUGUGUUUCAAAAUCGAUUGGGCUAUUCUUAUAGUUGGAAGUAAAUUUUCCGUUUUUGCUUUGUUUUACUUUGUAUUUGAGGGCAAUUUUCUAAGUACAAGCCCCCCCGGGGGGCGGGCUUAUAUUUGGAGGGGCUUAUUUUUGGAAUUUAAGGUAAUUUAAUUGCAGAUGUGAUACAGCCGAAGUGAUUUCUGAAAACCGUUUAAACAAAUUUUCUUGUAAACAAUUUGCGUUCUUUUAUUUACGAAUUGUAAAAGGGACAAAGUCCAACAUUGUCACAUGCAUAUUGUGUUGGAUUACUGAGCGCUUACCAUUUGUACGGAAAUUUCGGUCAAAAAUUUCCGUCAAAUGGUACUGGUAUUUUUUUGGGCACCGAAAACAGUAACGGGAUUGAGUUGUGCCAUUUACAAAAUACCGGUAACUUUUUCGCUUUCUCUCGACAUGAAGCCUGGCACUGGUAAUCCAAGCAAAUGGUACAGAAAAUUUCGGUCGUUUCGAUAAAAACGGGAAAAAGGUAAUACCUCGAAAAGUAUCACUUUUUUCCGGAAAAUUUCCAACCGGAUGAACCGUUCUAUUUAAAUUCUCCCCGGAAUUUCCGGGUUUUCCAUUCAAAUGGUAAGCGCUCACUGUCUGAUAACUCGAAUUCUCUGACUUACAAACCACAAAAGGGGCAAAGUCCAACACCUUCAUGUGCCAAUGAUGAAAAUUGUGACAUAUCUUAAAGCUAUUCGGUAUUCGACGAGAUUCAUUAUCUUAAGAAACCAUGAAGAAACCUUAAAACCUUUGAGUGUUCCCUUUAAGCAACGUUUGGUGAGUUGAUAUUCAUAGCACUUUAACAAUUUACUUAUUUUGAAACAGAUGUCAGAAGGAAAGACAAAGAAAAGUGAAUCUAUAGUAUGAGGAUCGACUAGGCUGUGGAGGGGAUUCUUUUACCGGUCACAUUCCACAGGUCACGAUUACAGUUCCAAGUAAUUUCACCUCGAUCAAAAACAACCGUUUUGGACAAGGAUUAGGACUAGGAGACACUUUUGGUCUAGUCGGCUAGCCAGCCGUUUUUAGUGUCGUCACGCAACGCUCCUGCGUGACGACACUAAAAACGGCUGUGUAGCAGACUAUUUCUGGUCUUGUUUUUUUAUCUGUAGCACGGUGACCCAUAUUCUGACCUGUGGAAUGUGACCUGUACAAAAUACCUGCCGCUCAACUGUGCGCAGCGGUUCGCUUUUUCAUUAAUGAACAGCAAUCCUCAAUUUCGCCCAAAAUAGUCUUAAUUUAGGACUGAAACAGUAGGUUGUUGAUACGGUUACACUGAAGCAUUCAAAAUAGCUCACGCACGUUAAACGUGCCUAUAUUUAUCUACACAGUCAUUUUUUUAAACUGCUUUUAUCACGUUUUGCCCACAUGAUAUCUCUCGGCGCGGAUGCGCACAGAGAAAGACCACGUUAAUACUAUACGUCAUAUUCUUAGUACUUUUUUUGAAGUGGAUACGAUACUACGAUGCACACUCUGUUCGUAUUACCGGUACAUGAAAGGGUAGAAAUUUUACAAUUUGAAGUAAUUUAAAGGUAGGCAAAUCGGAUCAAUUUAGGUCUCUUGGUUAACUGACCACCUACCCCUCCCCUAAGCCAACAUUUUGCCCUAAAGUGUUAAUGUUAGCUGAGGGGAGGGGUAGGUGGGCAGUUUCCCAGAAACCUAAACUUGAUCCGGGAAAUCCAUCAUUUCGGUUUAUAAAACGUCCCAAGAGGACUUGCAGACGCAUUGUAUGGCUGUGAAAAAGUCCAGAAAUUAUGACGUUCUAGUUUUGCGAUUUAUUCAGCUGCAUGUACAGUUCUAAAUUAGGUCAUAGUCAACAGCGUUUUCUUUAACAACUGAUAAAUAUGUAUACAUUUUUGCUGGUGAGUAUUACCAUAGUUACAAUUCAACAACAAAAUACAUAUCAGGGGCAAAAUUGAUCGGCGAUAAGUUUAAGAAUUUAUGUCUAGUUGAGAUGGAGAUGGAGAUGAUAGAAAUUUAAUAAAAAUGGCGACCUUCAAAUCCUGCUUACCGUGUGGCACGAAAUUUUGCGAGACUUUAUUUUUGCGGAUUGGCGAUUUUUCGUGUUUUGUGGGAACUAAUUUUUACGAUUAGGACAGAUUGGUUUUUCUUGCUGGGAAUUAAUUUUUGCGAUUUUCAGAAAGUACCCAGUACCCAGCAUUGAUAAUAUUUUCCUUUUCAUUGAGUACGUGCAAUAGUAUACAACUAGCCCCCGAAGGGGAGGUGAAUAGUGGUGGUUCGCGUCUCGGUAUAUAUCUAGCCCUAUGAACCGACCCUGAGGGAGAUAGUCGUUUUAGUAUUUACCAAAUCAGUUGGAUAAAAAUCAAAAAGGAACUUUUUGUAAAUAAAAGACGUCACUUAGAUAGAGUUUGUUUACGUUGCAAUUGACAGUGUUUUUUAUUUUUUAUUUCAUUUAUUCCUCCAAUUUCUAGCUGAUACAUAGUUAUGUAAAUGUAAGGUGAAAAAAGUAAUAUAGUAAGAGAUAAAGAUUUACAAAGGAAAAAAACGCGUAAAACAGAAAUUACAACACUUAAAUUGAAUUACAUUGUAUAUUGGAAGGAGAGGAGAGGGGCACAUCUACAGUCACAGACAAAAGUAGUUGGGAAGGUUGUACAACUUAACAGUAGUCCAUUUUGACCCUGAAAAAAGAGAGUUUUCUCUUUUGCUAAAUAUCCCCCUUCCCCCCUUAUUCAAUGUUGAGAUAUAACAGAACAAUUACGCAUACAAACAUUAACGUUUUAAUCAACAUUGGGCCAGGGGCGGGGGGAGGAAGGAAAAGAAGAGGUAAAAAGGGCAACCUUCCCGACACUUUUGACCAUGAUUGUAGAUAAACUAAUAUUGUGCCCCUUAAAGUUAUGUAUAACAAAGGACUUGAGAUUAUUAAUAAAAAAGUAAAGGAAAAAUGACAAAAUAGCUCAGAAAGUUAUAAAAGAGAUAAUGUUUAUUAGUAUGUUUUGGGUAACAUUUGUUAUGAUUUUGUUGCAUAUUCAGUGAGAAAAUUUUUUUCUACCGACCAGUAAACGCCGACAAGCCAAAUUUUGUCUCUUUCUUUGUAUUUGCUGGUACAGCUGCUUCAUUUACCGCUAAAAUUUCAUCUUUGGAAACUGUCGCGAAACGAGAAGCCAUUUUGAAUCCCGUCUCAAAACAGUGAAUAUCCAAGGAUAUUCCGAGUUACGGGGAGCCAAUCAGAAUGCGCGAAAAUCGCUAUCCACUGAUUUGGUGAAUACUAAAAAUAAUAUUUUCAAACAAUACCACGGUGUACGUACCCUAUGUAAAACCAGUAUUUCAUUGUAUACCGUUUUGUUUCUGAACGAAAGAGGCAAGUUGUAAUUGAACAGACACGAUUUCUUAGUACUGCAUUUUUGUGUGGCGAAUUUAAGUUAAAGAAUAUUUACUCUGGAGUCCAUUUUUGCAGGAAAAAUGUUUGCGGUAAUUUUUAUUUGCGGGAACUUACUUUUGCGGAUGGCUGGAAAAAUCGCAAAAAUUAGACCCCGCAAAAAUUUAGUGCCACUCGGUAUUUAACAAAGAAAAGUGAACCUCUACAAUAAAAAAACCACAAAGACAAGAUCGACAGUUUUGUCAGGUCGCUCUUGUUGCAAAAACGAAUGAGACAAUUUAUAUGCGGGCAUGACAAAGCACUAAUUUUUUUCUUGCUGAAAAGCUUUUAUUGACAAGGGUUUCUUAAAGUACCUGAAGGUAUCAUUAGUGUAAUAAUGUAAUUUCAUUACACGUACGCUCUCUAAUGUAUCGUACUGACCCAGUCGACCCCACGCAUCGGUCACCUGGCGAGGGGUAAUGAUAUGUAAUUCACGAUAUAUAAAAUUAGAAUAACUUGCGUUUUUCAAGCGUUUUCUCCUCCAUCCAUUUUCUAGGUUCAAAAACUGGAAACGAUAGACGUUAAGUCUGAAGUUAAACAAUUCAUUAAGAAACCCUCGGACACAAUAGAUCACCGUGGCGGCCUCGACAGAAAACACCGGUCUCGGCGUUUUGCAUUGCACAAGAACACGUGGUCCAGGACUAAUUUGACUUGGACUAUCCCAUCCGGAAGCCAUCCCUCUUCCGUAACGAGCUCUGACUUUAAAGAUAUUAUGACCACGGCUUUCAGAAUGUGGGCUGAAGUAAGCAGGUUUACUUUCCACUAUGAGGAUCCUCGGAAUAAAGUAGACAUAGAAGUCAGUGUUAAAUCAAGUAGGUAACAAUAUCGUCCUACUAAGAAUGGCAAUCUUGCCUCAGGGCUCCUCCUUCUCCCUUGUGGCCAUGUGCACACGAAUCCGGUUAUUUUUUGAAACCGCGUAUUCUUUAUCUGGUUAUCGUGGGGACCGGGCCUUAAAUGGCCCUGGAGAGCGCUGUCCAGAUUCACUGGUUUCGUAUGGUGGGAAGAACAAUUGGUGUAAAAAAAAAAAGUACGCGGAUUCAAAAAUGUCCGGACGUAGCCUUAAAUGGAAGGGGCGCUGAAAGGGCUGGGGACGAGGUUGGUAAGGAUAGGCCAUUUCUGAGUUCCAAAAUCUCUCACUUUCAAAACGAGGCUGAGUGCAAAACCUUUCUUGUGAAAAUAAGUUUUGUUUGCAUGAGAAUAAAAAAUCAUUUUGGUCCGCACUUAACCGCGCUUUGAAACAGAUGCGACUUGUGCAAUGUUGCCAUGGCAAUUUUGUAAUUUCGCACGUUAAAUCAAACAUUAUCGCUGAAAUUUCGCGUCAAAAUAAAAGACGCUGUGUCACGAAAUUUAUUGGAACUCGUUCAGCGGGAACUGCCACCAAACUGAAUGAAACGUGUACUCGUAGUCCAUGUACUCGUGUUACGGUGUUUUUACGGAUCAGAUUAUUUUUAGAACGGUUUUGGCGCAAAUUUAGAAUAUCUUUUAAGUCUCACAAAACAGUCAAAAAAAGCCUACAGGCCUCAAAAUGAUAAUUUGUGCCUCUUAAUGACGUUACCUUUUACUUUUUGAUAUCUAAUUCUUUGAAUGCGUUCAUAGACGUGGCGGAGAUUCCAUUUUCGAGGGAAGAAUUGCCCUAAAUCUGUCUUAAAAUAAACUAGUCUGUAAAAACGCCUUGACACUGGCCUAGUAUGGGAGUUGCACGCUCCGGGUUAUGCGCUCCUGGUUGUGAACAGCGCCUUUAAGGAGUAAUUUGUCACCCAUGAUAUUAUUUGUGUAAUGUCAGAGACUUUUCAUGCGUGGUUUACCAUUUUGCUCAAGUUGACGCGGCUUCGGCCAUUCUUAAGCAAAUAAAUCCUCUGCUGCCUAGGAUAAUUAAGCCGUUCUCUUUGACAAGUGUCAGCAGAUAAGGUGUACAGUAUGUGUAAUGAUCCGCCAUUCUAGACUACGAGUACUGUCGCCUUUUCUCGCGUGGGGUGAUUUUCACGCGCGCUCGCGUUUUGCUCGCUCUACUAUCCCUGAGGAAAAAUGGGGAACUACUCGUAGUCUACCGCCAUUCCAUUUCCUGAUUGUGUUUAAUUUUCAGUUGGCUUUCUUCUUAGAGUGGCAUAAUUGCAACGCAGGUGCUUUCGACGGCCCGGGAGGAAAAAUCGCUCACGCGUCAUACCCCGAAAUAAGUUCGCCAUCUUUUAUUCACUUUGAUGGAGAUGAACAGUGGACCGUUUCUGAUGGGACAAGUAAUAAAUAUAGCCUUUUACCGGUAGCAUUGCAUGAGGUAGGGCAUGUUCUUGGACUGAAGCACUCUUCAAACACAACCGCUGUGAUGUAUGAGAAGUACAAUAAAGACAAGAGGUCCAUUCAGCUCGAUGACGACGAUGUGGCUGGUAUCCAGCAGAAGUAUGGUGGGUUCAAUUGUCUUUAACUUUAUCUAUAUUUUACCCAGUUCAACCCUUGGAAUAUGUGAAUUUUACCAAUGUUAUUUUUAGACCAAUUAAACGAUUAAAAGUUGGUUUCCAGUGAGGUCCGCAAAUAUGUUCAGUUUUGUCAAGAGCGAAUUCAACAGUAUUCUCCACUGAUUGCUUUAAGGCAAUCGCGCCUGGACUUGAUGACGUUUUAAAUAAGCGAUUAAAAUGGGCGGACGUCUCAGGAACCUCUCGACAUAUUUCAAUUGAAAUUCACAUAUCCCGACCAACGCCCUAAGAUUCCCUCUGUGUCCAUUAUUCUCUCUUGCCUUUAUUCAUUUGCAGUAUUGCAGGGAGCGGGUUUGGCGCGAUGGUGAGGGCAUCCGCCUCACUGGUGGAAGGCGAAUGCUCGGUGUGGCCUGGGUUCAAAUUCCGGCGUCGACGCCAUGCGUUUGUUGAGUUUAAGCCAGUCUUUAUCCCUCUUCUCAAAAACCAUGAACAUUUCCAAAUUCCAAUUAUACCAGAAAUGGUCGACGAAGAACGAUUAUGUGGGUGUACUGGUCUCUACAUCCUUUGUUUAUUCCGCUGGCCAGUUAUGUCGAAAAAUGAUAUCUAACGUUGUUACUGUGCCGUUAAGUUUUAUAAUCAGCUAUCACCCUCUUUUAAGGGGUCACUUAUCAAAGACUUAUAAUGGAACUAUAUGAAGCGGUCACGGUCACCCUUUCCUCCUAGCUCAGCUUUACUGAGCUAUUAGUUAUUGUCUUUCCCUUUGUUAAGUAGUACUCUUUUCCAUGCUCUUAGCUUGUCGUGGUCUAGGUAGGAUGCUUGCGUCGUAACUCGUAAAAAUGACUUCGCCUUUCCUCAAACCUUUCGCGAUUAUUCCAGUUCAGGAACGGUACCCAAGCGUAGCGGAAAGAGAGAGAUAAUUCCUUAUCGUGUGUUUUGUGUCGUCCAAAAAAGCUUUGUCAUAUUCAGAGACCCUUUCAGCGUCUGAUAUUACAGUAAUACUUUUCUGAACUCUGACAAAACAGGUUCUUGUAUUUUGACGCUUAUACUACUACAUGAGAGAUUUCUGCAAUUUGAUUGGCUUAGAGCAUUGAUAUUUCAGCUUAAUUUGAAAUACCUACAUGUGAAAAUUACAAAACUUUUGCGGGUAGUAGUAUAAGCAAAUAAUAGCAUGAUUUUGUACGUGAUAUUUGGCAUAAAUACCACUCGUGAAAUUUCAAAAUUGUCUCAAAUUUCACUCGCGUAUCGGCUCGUGAAAUUAAGUGUAACAAUUUUAAAAUAUCACUCUUGGUAUUUAUGUCAAAUAUCACUACAAAUCAUGUUAUUACCUAUACAAAUAUUGUGAUUAAGGCUAAGUAGGUACUUGAUAAGGCUUUUAAUUUCUGUGAAGGAGAUACACAUUGAUUUUUGACUGACAGAAAAAUAAAUAAACGUGGGUUAAAAAUACAAGAUAUAUUCUCAACUUUACUGUUAUAACCCUAACAAAACUAAUAACAGAAUUUAUAUACAGUUUGGUACUAUAUAUUUUAGUUAUACUUAAAUUAACAAGCUAAAUUACAUAAAUUACGUGUUUAUCAUAAUAUAACUGUAACCCACAUAUAAGAACUUGGCUAAGCAGGUUCUUUUGCUUUAGUUUUGGGUAUUAAAGUCGCAAAUCUCUGCCAGAAAGUUCUUAAUCGCAGUUCUUAUACGCGCUUUUUUUUUUUUUUUUUUUCACUGUAACAAGUUUACCACUAUAUAUCACUCCACGCUCGCGAAAUUAUUGUAGUCGCGUGACCGCACGUUCCCCCAUCCACCCGUCCGUCCUCGCCAUAGGAAACCAAUGUGAAAUCUCACACUUUUUAGCUUGUUUGGCAGGCUGCAACCUGAUGAUGCACAUCCAUGUUGUGGUCAAUAGACAGCUGUCAAAACAGGGUAUCUACUGACCAGUAUUACAUGACCUUAUCGCGGGCUCAACUCUUAGUCGAUUUAUUUGCACUGGUUACAAGUUUAUUGUCUGAAGUAAAUGAUAAAUUUAUCAGCGGGAGCUUCGCCUUUAGCCUUGGAUAAAUCUAUAUAUCACCAUUCUUUGCAGGUCAAUGUGAGCCCAAGUACCUGCAGGCAGCUGGUGUUUCACAAUCUCAAACGUACUUUUUCAAACAUGACGUCAUGUGGCGUUACAAUCACCGUAAAGACGAGAGUGAGCGAGGUUACCCGAGAAAAAUUUCUAGAAAAUGGAGUGGUCUCCCAGCGAAAAUCGAUUCUAUGUUUGAAUGGAGAGGGAAUACAUACUUUGUCGCUGGUGACUAUGUUUACAGAACAAACCAGCUAAAUAACGGUAUUGAUCCUGGAUAUCCCAAAUAUAUCUUCAGUCAAUUUCAAUUUUCUACCAGUUAUUAUUCCCCACAGUCAGGGCCUACUGUCCUUGCUGUAUCUGAAUUUGACGAUGGAUAUUUAUAUAUUUUUAGAGGAUCGGAGGUGUUUCGGGUUGAUAAACAGUACUAUAACCUUAUUCCAUAUGGAUGGCCUAAAUCAAUUAGCACGGUUUUCCCCGACUUCCCUCUCAAAAUAGACAGCAUUUUCUAUAAUGAGGAAAAUGACAAAUUAGUAUACAUUUUUUCGGGUGAGUAUUACUAUACAUACAGUUCAACAGCAAAACAAACAUCAGGACCAUAUCCGAUAAAGAAUAAGUUUAAGAAUUUAUGUCUAGUAUAG